AUGUGGUGUGAUUCGACGGUUCCUGGCGCUCUCCGUCUGGUUGUGAAUGGCGAGAUUGUUUCGGCCCACGGCUACGAAUACGACCACCUCUACGUCCACUUCUUCCUGGAGCUGCCCCGCGGCUGGUCCUGCCCGCCUUCGCAGCCGCUCUCCGGAGUGUCCCAGACCUGCGCCACCAAGACCUGCGGAUGGGAGCGGGUGGCCUUUUUCUCCUUCCCGUUCACCCUGGAAGUCUUCUGCAGCCAAGAGGAAGAGGCCGAAGGCUGGUCCUGCCCGCCUUCGCAGCCGCUCUCCGGAGUGUCCCAGACCUGCGCCACCAAGACCUGCGGAUGGGAGCGGGUGGCCUUUUUCUCCUUCCCGUUCACCCUGGAAGUCUUCUGCAGCCAAGAGGAAGAGGCCGAAGGGGGGCUUCCGGGGUGGCCGGUGCUGUACUUCGAGGUGUUCUCCUUGGACCUGUGGCAGCGCUCCCGGGUCGAGGGCUACGGCUUCGUGGCUUUGCCGGCCACCCCAGGACCCCAUACCGUGAGAGCCCCCACGUGGCGCCCCCUGGAGCUGGGUCCCUGGGCGGAGCUGCAGCGCUUCUUCGUGGGGGGCUCCCCGGAGCUGGAGGACCCGGCCUACGCCCGCCUGCCCCCCACCUUCCAGGGAGACCGGCUCAGCCGAUUCGGGUUCCGCACCAAGACCACGGGCACCGUCAGCUUCCGCCUCCACUGCCUCCAGCAGUCCAAGUGA